AUGACGAAAAACUCAAGAGUCGAGUAUGGUAAAAGCGUUCCGAAAGUGCUCAGGACAAUGUCCUUUUUAUGGGCUACGUAUAGUUACCCUCCAUCAAGUGGAGGUGAAGUGCGCGCCGCGGCCCCUGCAUUGUCUGUCAAAGGUUUCAAAGAACAAGACCAGAGGCGAAGAGUUGAUAUAAAAACUUCAACGGAGCAACUUAUUCAAUCACACAAAGAACCGAUCUGCAUGGAUUUCGAAUCUAAAAGCGGAAACUGUGAUGAAUUGAAAGAUUUUCUCAGGCGGAAAAUCAGAAAAUCCGGCAACUUUGAAGUUGAUUCACGGCCGGAACUGGUGUAUACUUUUAUCGAACAAGCUGUUCAACCUGGCGCGCAGGUUGCUUUAAAGUGCUCUGCGGUUGGUGAACCACCACCCAGGUUCCGAUGGUCUUUAGAUGGACAGCCAAUUCCUUCCCAUCACGGUGCUAUAAUCUCCGAGGGCCGUGAGAGUGGUCCAUCAGGUCUUGGUGGGAGUAACAAUUACAUUCUGUCAACGCUCUCUUUGAACGGCGCAAGAGUUGAACACGGCGGCCGCUACGAAUGCCGCGCUACUAACGCCCAUGGCUCAGUUGGACAUGCGGCUAGACUAAAUGUUUAUGGUCCACCCUACAUCCGAGCUAUGAAUCCAGUGAAAGCUGUAGCUGGCUCAGAGAUUUCAAUAUGGUGUCCAUACUACGGAUUUCCGAUAGACUCGGUAAAAUGGGAAGGUGGCGUGGGGACCGAUGCGAGAUACCAACAAAUAGAUGGUCGGCUGACUAUUGUGAACGUGGAUAAGAAUAGGGACAAGGGGGGUUGGACCUGCUCCGUUAUGACUCCUGGUGGAGAACUGGCAAGAAGAGAGGUGCAAAUAAACGUGGUGUCACCGCCGGUACUGUCGCCAAUCGUGUUUCCACCUGGCUUGCGAUCCGGCGACCGGUCGCAGUUAACCUGCACAGUCACUUCGGGCGACAUGCCUGUGUACUUCUCCUGGCUCAAAGAUCAAAUGCCAAUAUCCAGCGUGUUGCAGGUCGACGAACGUGGCGCGGAGUUCUACAGUAUGCUCCUUUUCAAAAGUCUCACCGCAGCACACAGCGGCAUUUAUACUUGUGUAGUGACCAACACAGCUGGUAAAGCUAAUGCAUCCGCUGAACUGGCCAUCAAAGUUCCACCAUACUGGCAAAUUGAGCCGUCAGAUGCCGCCGUGCUCUUAAAUGGAUCGCUGACGGUGAGCUGCGAUGCACGCGGACAUCCAUCACCCGCUAUUUAUUGGACAAAAUUCUCUGGCAGUGCAGAAACAGCUUUGGGAGCUGUUUCGGAUCCAGUGGUACUUAGUAACGGCUCGCUGAGGCUGGAUUCGGCUCGCGCUGAACAUUCUGGAAAAUAUCGCUGCAGAGCGGACAAUGGCGUCGCUCCACCUCUAUCCAAGACCCUCAAUAUACAUGUAAAUGAACCGGCUCGCUUCGAAACGCAGUCAGCUAACGUGACUGCAAAAUUGGGAGACACAGUCCGUUUGGUUUGCGUAGCUCGAGGGGACAGCCCAUUGGCUAUCGCCUGGAGCCACUCUGGAAGACCUCUGCCUAACUCCGACUAUAGGAUGAGCAUAUCAGAGACUCGGAGUGCUGAAGGUCUACGUAGUGAGUUGGUUGUGGAAAGGGCAGAUCGAAGGGACUCCGGAGUAUAUCGUUGCCAAGCAUCAAAUCCUUACGGCAGAUCUGACCAUUUUGUACAUUUGGGGGUACAAGAGCCGCCAGAACCUCCAACGAAUUUCCGCGUCUUGGACUCAACAUCGCGUUCCAUCCGUCUACAAUGGCGAAGACCUUAUGAUGGAAACUCUCCAGUUCUCGGCUACAUGUUGCAGUACAGAAGACACGAUUCUUCAAGCCCUGAUGUCUGGAGAGAUGCCGAAACGCACAAUGUGUCUGUUUCAUCACCAGCGAUUGAUUCAUACGCUGACUCCGAAAGCGCUACGAUAUCGGGUUUAGAACCAGCAACGCCAUAUCUCGUGCGCGCGCGCACUGUAACAGCGCAGUUUGCAUCUGCGCACACAAGAGCGAUUCUCGCUCUCACUCUACAUGAACCACCGUCGAGACCACCUAUUAGUCUUCGCGCAUCCGCCCCUAAACCUUCUACUAUAGAACUGGCAUGGCAGGCUCCACCUCAGUCAUCUUGGAACGGUGAACUCUUGGGUUACACAGUCUGGUGGUGGGCGUCGGCAGAUGGUUCUCUCGCUAGUGGCGUCAAUGUGGGCAUGGAGUUCUCAACGGUUAGAGGAAAAGUCACAAAGUAUAUAAUCGAAGGACUGGAACAUUAUACUAGGUAUUCAGUGAGCGUGAGAGCGUUCAACAGCGCAGGCGCUGGACCAGCCACAACGCCAGUGAACACUUUGACCAAGGAAAGUGUGCCAUCAGAAGGCCCAAGAGCUGUCCGAUGCAGAGCAGUAUCACCACAAAGUUUAAAAGUGGAGUGGUCACCACCACCGGCGCACGCGCACCAUGGAGCUUUACUGGGAUAUAAGCUCCUGUAUCGUCCCGAACAUACGGCAGAUUGGUUAGAAUGGGAGGUCCGUGGAGGGGGCAGCACCAGCGCUCUGACGGGGGCCGAGAUUAAGCGAGUAGCGGGCGUUGAAACGCUCCUGCUAGCACUGAGGCCAUACAUGAACUACACGAUUCAAGCUCUUGCCUACACUGCAGCGGGGGACGGUGUGCCCGCCCUUCCCAUACAUUGUACUACACAGCAAGAUGGCCCGCCAGCCGCUGUUAAGGUGGCUGCAACAUCGAUAACGUCGUUGGCGGUUAGUUGGCUGCCACCGAACCGUCCCAAUGGACCGAUAUUAUACUAUACUGUAUUUUAUCGCGAACUUGGCAGAGAUAGACCACCUCAGACAACGACUGUUCAAGCGGAGGAGGGUGAAAUAAUAGUUGGUCUAGGUGGGUAUACUGAGCUACGUUCCCUAUCUGAAGGUGCUACUUAUGAAGCUUGGGUAGCAGCUCAUUCAGCGGCUGGUGAAGGCGAGCCAUCAGCUCCGCAGCCAGCUACCACUACGUCUAGAGCUGCCGUACGAGUACUAUCUUUCGGAGUUUGGGCAAGAGUACAAUGUGGUCAUCCCCUAAGACUUGCUUGUGCCUGGCGGGGUGAUCCAGCCCCAAGAGCUCGCUGGUUACGAGCUGAUCGACCCUUGACGCAUGACCCCAGAGCGCAUUUAACGCCUCUUGGUCAUCUUUCUAUACAUGAUGUGGAUGCGUCAACUAGCGGCAACUACACAUGUUCAGCACGGAAUACGUAUGGUUCAGAAGAAGUGACGUAUCGUAUAGAAUGUACCGCACCACCAGCUCCACCAACUCUUUCUUUGGAACACGCAGACCAUAAAGAAGCUAAAAUCAUUUGGAGGACCUCACAUCACCCCAGUUCACCACCAUAUGGUUUCACGAUAUCCUGGGUUCGUGUGAGAGAAGAUAACACGGAGUCUGAACAAUCUCGGUUAGAGAUGGAAGAGCGAAGAAUAGAGACAGGAGGAGAGACGACUGGUAUCGUGUUACGUGCGCUCGCCUGUGGUGCGACAUAUUCUGUGAGAGCUGUGGCACAUUCAAGAGCUGGAACUUCUCCUCCAUCUGGACCGCUUCUAAGGACUAAACGGUAA